CUAGAUUCUAGAUCUAGAUCUAGAAAAAAUAUCUAUUAGAUUUAGACUAUACUAGAUAUCUAGAUCUAUAUAAUCUACUAAACUACUAUAAUAUAUCUAGAUUCUAAAUUAGUGAAUGACAAGUGCAUUUUAUUGUUAUUUAAUAUUUGGUGACGGUUUAACUUUUAACGUCAUUAAGUUACUUUAAGUCAAGAUUUUAUUUUAAAAUAAAUUAGGUCACUUCAAGUUCAUGCUCCUAUACUUAUACCUAUACUGAAUGCAGUUUUUGUGCUUUAUCCUUCAACUAAGACAACUUCAGUGCACACUGACUCUCACUGAGCACCGUUAGCUCUGCAUUUAUGGAUGGAUUUGAAUUCUAUUCUUAAAGGUAUUGUUGCAUAUGUUGAAGUAAGAAGUAAUAAUGACAAUCGGAGUGCAGCUGUUUACAAAGAACUUGAGUUUUUGGGAUCUGAAAUUAGAACAAGUUUUUCCGAUGAUGUAACUCACGUUGUUUUUAAAGAAGGCUUAAAGCGAACUUGGAAUAAAGCUAGGAAAAGAAAUGUCCCACUUGUUUCAGUUUCUUGGCUUGAAAGCUGUCGACAGAAUUACAAAAAAAUGCCGGAAAUUGAUUUUCCUGCUCUUAUGCCAGAAGAAAUUUUUAGUCCCCUACCUAAAUUCAACCAAGGACCGAGGUGGAAGAAAAUGAAAUCAAUGCAACCCAAUGACUUUGAUGAAGAGAUUGCUAGAAGUGCUGAGAGAGCUGAGAAGCGUCGGAAACGGGAUUUAAUGGCCAACAGAUUUAAAAUAAAGGAUGAUUCCACACCAACCUCAUCUUCACCUCAUGCAAUACUUGCUAUGGAUACUCAGGCUAGAUCACCAUAUGUUUUCCCCCCUCUGAUAAACUAUUGUUCACCAGUGCCAGAAACACCAUCCAGUUUAAAAGAACGUUUAGAGAAAAUGUUGAGAGACCAACGAGAAGUGCUUGAGCUAGACCCAGAAGAGCCAUUAAUUACUCCUAAGGCACAAGUUGAAAAGCCACUUCAAAGGCGAUUGUUUGGAGGUGAUUUGGUCAGCUCAAGCAGUGAAGACAGUAUUGUUACUUCAAGAAUCAUUCAAGGUGUUAUUGACAAAUUAGAUAAAACUAGUUCUAAUGAAUCUAUCAAAGAAAAAUUAUCACCACAAUCAAAACGUCUAGCUACAAGGGAUUGUGUUAAUAAUGCUCAUUUAUCACCUAAACAUUCCAGAACUGCAAGCAGCACAAAACUUGAAACGUCUACAAAGAAGAAGAGCUUCCUAUCAUUAAAAAGUCCUCACAGAAUAUCUGCACAUACCAAUCAAUCAGAAAAUAUUUUUAACACUUUACGAUCCACUAUAUGUAGUGAGACUAAAAAGUUUUCAAAACCACUGUCACCUCAAGAUUUCAAUAUAGCUACUAGUCCGGUUACUCCAUUGGCUAGUCACAGAGUGACGGACAAACAUGGGGUCUCAUUAAAGGAUUAUCAACUAAAUCCUCCUGUCACCUCUCUAUCAGCUUUACUCUGUGUAGAAAGCAGUGCUACUAAUGCUUUGUGUUUCGAUGAGAAUUGUAAAACUUUAAAGAGCUCUAAUGCAGCUUCAAUUUCAAGUUUUGGCAAUGUCGACAAAGUAAUUUCAAGUGCCUUACACUGCAAUUUGGAGAUGGAUCCACAGAAACCUGAGUGUGACUCAAAGCUUCCUGUUACUGUUGAUACCACCACACUUAAGCCAAAGCUCACAAGAAAAAAGAAUCUUUUAUCAGGAUGUCAACAAAAUGCUUUUUUUGAUAAGUCUACUACACCUGGUGAUGAAAUGAGCUCAACAAAGAGUCUGAUUUCUCUUAACAAUAAAUUAGAUGAUAGUCUGGUCAGCGCUAAGGCAGAUGCUUCUUUUCUGUUUAGCCUUGGUGUUGGCCCAGAUAAAAAUACAAGUAGAAAUAACAAGCUAAAAAAUAAAAGAUCCAAAGCAUCUCAAAAGCCAAGUUCAAAGUUUUCACCUGAUAAAGAUCUGAGUUCAACCAAUGUUAGUACAUCACAAGAAAAGAGUUGUUCAGAAAUGAUUCGUCCAAGCUGUACCCAGGAUGACACAGUUUCAAGGAACCCUUUGGAAGCUUCAAUGUCUGUCAUGUAUCCCAGUGAGACAUCACAAAUAAUUGAACGAAAAAGCCGAAGGCGAUCUGUUAGGCUAAGCACAGAUGAGUUAUUGAAAAUUAAUCAGUCUGAGAGAGAUAAUAGUUUUAAAAAAAGUCAUAAUAAAGCCAUUGAAUUACCACUAGCUGAAAAAUGUAAUAGACGGCGGUCUACACGGCUGAGUAUCAAUGAGUUUUCAUUUAAAAACAGUCAUUUACAAGAAAUGACUACUUCUGAGGUGAAACCUUCAAAGUCUGUUAUAAAGGUUCAACAAAAAGUUACUGAAACUGUUAGCAGCUCAUAUGGUUCAUCUACAGAGAGUAGAAAGGAUUCAAAAAGAAAAAGAAGUAGGUCUUCAUCUAGUACUAAGAAGUCAGAGAAAAAGAAGCGAAAAAAAACGAACUCUUCAACUAGUGAAGAAAAUCCAUCAAUUAAAUUAAACAGUUCAUCCACUGCUGAUAUUGAAGAAGGCACCACCUCCCAAUUGCGCCAUGCAAGGUCUCUAAUAUUGGCAAAACCAGAUGUGCUUGGUAAAAGAGACAAAUAUUCAUUGGUCAUGACAAGCCUUCAUAGAGAUGAACAAGAGGUUGUCUGCUCAGUAGUAAAAACAUUUGGAGUCUUUCACAUGACAAGGAAUGUAGAAUCUUGUACUACUCACAUUGUGUGUGGGGAUGCCAGACGCACUUUAAAUAUUUUGAAAGCCAUAACAAGAGGAUGUUGGAUACUUAAAAAAAAUUGGGUCUUAGAGUCUCUAGAAGCUGGAAACUGGCUGUUAGAAGAAAAGUAUGAAAUGGAACUUGAAUUUCCUGCUGCUAAGAAGUCACGUCUUCAGAGGGAGAAAUGUGGUCACCUGUACAAGCUUGACCUACUCUCCAAAAUAGGACCCAUCUAUGUCUAUAAUGAUUGUACACCUCCAAGACAAGAGCUAGUUCAUCUAAUCAAUCUUUGCUGCGGCAAUGUUACUGGAUCACUGACAAGAGCAUCUAUAUUUGUUGGAGACAGUUAUGAUCCUAAAAGACUAGUCAUUCGGCCAACUUGGAUUUUAGAUAGUAUUAUGAGACUGGAAACCCUCAAUCCAUCAGACUACAUUGUUUCUCCACCAGUGUCUGCAUCACAAAGAGAGAAUAGUCCUGAGUUCUGAGUUCUGUUUUUAUAAACUUUUAAAACAAACAUUUUCUUUUAGUAAUGCAUCACUUACAUUUAUAUUUCCACAUAUAAACCAUUUGAACAAGCUCUACUAUUGACACUAUUUUACUUAUUUAAGUAUAGUUGCAAUAGUUCACUUAUUUUUCAUUGAUUCACAGAAAGAGGCUUUAGAUCUUAUUGUAUAUAAAAAAAAAUUUUUUUUACAAAUCGAUCUACUUAACUCAUUUUUUUAACUUUAUAUAUUCUGCUAGUUUUGAUUUGUUUUGUUAAAUUAAAAAUAUUUUGUGUUUUUUUUUGUUUUUUUUUUUUUUGGUUUCGUUGAGUAAUGAUCUGAAAAGUAUUACUUUUGAAAGAAAUAAUAAACUAUGAUCACAUUAAUUUUCCAGAGAUAAAUACAAGUUUCAAUUGGUUGGAAACUUUUGAUUCAAUAUGCACUUAUUUUUUUUUUAUUAUUAAAUAUUUUUUUGUUGUAAAUUGGUAUUUGAAUAAAUGAUUUAUCAAAUGAUUAUGCCAAUAAAAUGAGAUGACAAUGUUCAGAAAUGUAUACACAGUAAUAAUCAAUUAUCUUGAUUCUUGUCAGUCAGUGAGUCUAAAAUCUGGUGACUAUUUCUGUAGACAAUGGCAUUUAAAAAAAAAUAAUCUAUUAAUGUCCCCUCUUACUUUUGAAAAUUCAAUGUACUUACAAUAGCUUUAAAUCACCACUACUAUUACGUCUGUAUGAAUUAAACUUUUUGUAAAACUUUUUGUCAAUUAUGUUAUAUAAAAGAACAAUGAUAUCAUUGUCUAAUUAGGCUAUGUUUGAAACAUUAUGUUAAGUCUACUUAUCAGUCAAAACUUUGUGAACAAAUUAACUUAGGCCUUUAUCAGAUUUGGUAAAAAGAUAUAUAUAUAUAUAUCAGAACAAUUUUUUUUUAAUUUGACUCGACACUAUAUAUUAAUCUGACACGAUUUUUUCAUAGCACAACUUUUGUUGUGACAUGUUAGUUGUUGAGAAGGUGUCUUUUAAAUGAAAUUUUAAAAUUGAUCAACAACUUUGAUUUUUUUUUUUAGAAUCCUGGAAACAAAUGUUACCAUUACUUUUCUUGAAAUUAAUAAUUUAUGUGUGUGUGUGUGCUUCUGUAGACAUAGUUGAAUCUGUUCCCACACUUACAAAACUUUUGAGCAUUUCCUUUUUCAAUGUUCCAAACAUACCCAGUCCUUCAUAGUAGUAAGAAGCUACUAUGGAGGAUAUUAUGCUAAUUUGCUGUGGCACAAAACUUGCAGCAUUUAUCUUGAAUAUUAGAAGUGUUUCAAUGUGUCUCUUGUGAACUAGUAGCAGAAGAAAUUAGUUCUGUCAGUUUUUUUAGUUAUCAAAAACUCAAAUUCUGUUUUAGCUGGUUGGCAGAGGGUGUACUUUCUAACACUUGAAAAAAAUGGCAUUGGAGCUUUGAGAUAUUCUUGGCUUUGUUGUUUGAUCUGACAUUUACUUUCUGCUUGACCACAAAACGAGCUGCACUAGUCUUUGAGCAUUUUACCCAUCUGCUGGCUUCUCCUUUUUUUUUUUAUACAGGCAAAUGUCAUUCAACCCAGGCUUUGAUCAACCAUUUUUUCAUUUUCUCUAGCCAGUUAACCUUUCUACUUGCUUUUAGAGAUGUUCAAUUUAUUUAACAUGACCAAGUCAUCAAGUAAAGUACCAUAUUAUUUUUUCUAACAUGCAAAAUGAAGGACUGAGCUCUUGAGCUUUCUUCAAUAAUUGGCAUACGUGUAGACAAUGCCAGUGUUUUGAACUGGAUUUUUUGUUCAACUUGAACAUCUUAGAUGUUUGAAUGGCAUCUUUUUUUUUUAUGUGGACAUAACAUAUAUUGUGAAAAAAAUUGCAUGUACUUUAACUUUAUAGUUACAGAGAAAUCUGAAAUGCACAAAAAACAAAGUUUACAUUUGUGCUAAAUGUUCUUUCUGACAAAUUUGAAAUCAUUUUGCCUAAUCAAAAACAAACUGCCUCAAUUUUUAUAUACAGUAUAUUUUUAAAAAAUGAGCAUGAUCUGAAUACAGCAUCAAAUGACAACAUAGCGCUAUGCAAUUCAUCUUUUUAUCAUUCAUUUUGCAUUUCAAUUCAUUAAUGUUGUUAACUUGUAUUAUAUUUGUAAGAGAAACCACUUUAGAAACAAACAUUUUCUUACCACACAACAACUGUAUGUAUUGCGAUAUAAACAAAAGCAAAUUAUACUUGCAAUUUUCCAUCUUUGUAAUGAAAUUAUUUAUAUCUGGCUUGAUGGAGAUUCAUAUGAUAUAUCAUUUGGUGUAUAAGUAUUGCCUUAAUGUUUUUUUAUGCCUAUUCAAAUGUUGAUAUAUUGUUAUAUGUUGAUUGUUAAUAUUUAUUUUAAUCAGUUACACAACAUACAAGUGUUUGAUGGCAUGUGCUUUGUAGUUAUACUCAAAUUUAUACUUAAACUACAAGUACUUACAUUAUUAUGCAAUGUUUAUAACAAAUGCCUUGUAUCGACCUUGAUGCUGAUACGUGUGUACUGAAAUAUUGACUUUCAUUAGAAUCAAAUAUAUGUGACUUGAUGCAUUAAAUUUCAGGUUUACUCAACUUUUA